AUGAUGAUUUCCUGGAUCGGUUCUUUCCUUGUCAUAGCUCAAGCUUUCGCCCAGCUGGAACAUGAGGACCUUGUUGAGGUAUUCUCCAGCGGAGGAAAUCUUGUUGGCAAACCAAAUAAUCGGCAGCCAACAUGGCCGCCUUCUCCUCCUCCAGCUCAGAAUCGUCCAGUGAUCUUUGACCAUCGACAGCCAAUCAAUCAUACUUCCGGCGUGAUUCGUCCGCAAUCUGGAUUUGAUUACAUUACUGGGGCUGAUCAGCAGCACAGGGUUCAUCCUCAGAAAGGAAAUGCAGUCAUUGUUCCACUGAAAGGAGAUGACCAGUUUGCUCUCCAUCGUGCUGCUAAGGAUGAAAACUUGGCUUUAGUGAAGGAAAUCUUGAAAAAAUCGCAGAGAUACGGCACUGUGUCGGAAUCGCUGUUUGCCGUGGAUUACCAUGGCUUCACCCCGUUGCAUUACGCUGCAGCCAACAACGACCGGACCAUGGCUGUGUACAUAGCGACAUCUGUGUCCAGCCCGGAGAACUACGUGACGUACAGUGCAGCGGAAUUCCCCGAAGUGCCCAAUGCAUUUCUGAUCGCUGUGUGGAACAACAGUGCGUCGGUUGUGGAUGCUCUGCUUCCUUUGAUAGAGUCCAAUGCCAAGUUGCUUCAGCCCAGUCCCAAGGGACUCUCUCCUCUGCAUAUUGCUGCAGCCAAGGGAUAUGUGGAGAUCGCACAAAUGCUCGUGGACCGUCUGUUCAGGACAGACAUCAGUCUAGCAUGCUUCGCAGACGCCAAAGGAAGAACCCCCAUGCACUUCGCUGCCCGCUACGACCAGGCCGAAAUAGCGGGGGUCAUCUUGAACCGGAUGACCCCCAAGCAGGCCGAGUCCUGUUUGUCGCACGCUGCCAUGAACGGAUGGACUCCGUUGCACUACGCAGCCAGGUAUCACACGAGUCGAAUCGUGAAUUUCAUCCUGCGACUCUCGGCCACGGAGCUCAACAACGAGGCCAGAGGCUUCAGUCCAUUGUCCCUGGCUGCCUUUGGCUGCAGGGACUUUGACGGGGACUCGACAGUGUCGCUGCUGCUGCAUGCGGGUGCCAACGUCACGUCGAGCAAGGGAGACGACAUCGAGGACGUGUGCAGACGAGCCCAGUGCCAGUCCUGCCUGAAUGCCUUCGAAGUAUUUUUUGAGUCAAAUGCCAUCAAAUAUGAUUCCACCUGCAACGUGCUGAGAGAGUCGAAGGACUUUGUUCCAUAUGAAAGACGAACCAAGACUCGUGGAGGAUCAGAAAACUGUGGGAUCCCAAAGAUCAUCCCCAGCAGGAACCCGUGUUUCUUUGUCGACGUUAUAGAUUUCACUGGAUUUUUGAGUCCCUCCAACGGAACAAAAAUCGGAGUUGGUGUUGCCAUCGACGAGAAUCUUAUCCUCGUUCCGGCAUCCGCAUUCGUCAUCACAGACAGGAGCCCAGUACCGGGUCAUCAGCCAGUUGGUCAAAUGACGGUUGCGCACCCGCUGGUCGUCAAGCGCCGAGUAUUCAAAUCGUCAAAACACUUGGCACUGGAUGGAAGAUACGCUGUGAAAACCCCGGGUACAACUAGUAAACGAGGUUCUUCGUCGACAUCAGUGCAAAAGUACGUUCUGGUGAAAGACAGACCCGUUGUUCGAGGGUCUUUCAACCUGGAUUCGGUCCGUGAUGACAUGGCCUACUUGACACUGAACUCGUCACUGUCGGAAUUCGGCGACGGCAUUUGUUUCUUGUGUCUGCCCAACGAUGAAGUCAGCCUGGGGUGCCUCAAUAAUCGCAACUGCUUCAUCGUCACUCCUGGACAAGGUGAGUUGCCAGAUGCAAGCGGAAAACCCAAGCCGGCGUGGACAAAGUUUUCUCCAGAGUUCGUGUCCAACGAAUACUGCGACAGAGAACUCAGAAAAUCCGGAACGUCUUUGGGAAAAUCUGCAGACCAAAUUUGCAUUCGAAACCCCGACGAAAAUCGUUGUGGUGGCGAGUUUUCCGCGUUGGUGUGCCAGUCGGAAGAACUAGUCAGGUUCUAUGGCUUUCAAGUGUACCCGAAAAACAACCUCACUGACUGCCGCAAACGGGGAAUACAUGGAAUAAUCGAGACGACGCAAACCUCAGGCUCAGAUGCCUUCUUUAGAAUGAACGUCGUUGAAUACGUCAUGAAGCGAAUACUUGUCCUUGCGUUUUGCGUGUUAGUGACGGGAUUUGGAUCUGUCGAAAGUCAAAUUCCAGAUGUUGGACUUCCUGAAUUGGCUGCGCCCGUUUUGGCAAUUUUCGACCGAGACUCGGACCACAUCAAGACGUUGAAAACGCUGUACAAUCAGAAAAACAUGACCGGGUUCAUUGAUUACUGGAAGGCAUCGGGACUCACACCCAAUUUCCAGGAUGCAAAUGGACGCGGGUUCCUGCACUGGGAAGUUGGCGUGAAUAUCCACGCCAAAGAAGCCCCGCUUCAGGAAUUCAUACCCGUCAGGUUGUUCUUCAGUCGCAGUCAUUGGAACGAGACCAACUGGGACUUGAAGGACAAUGCUGGUCUGACUGCCCUUCAUUAUGCGGUGCUGUAUGACAAGCAUUCCAUGGUCCAAAUUGUGCUGCUCAUGGGGGCUUCCACAGUGGUCAAGACUCCCCAGGAGAAAACAUCAGUGCAUCUGGCAGCCGAAAGAGGCCUCAGAAUCACUGCCCAUGAGCUUCUCAAAGGGAGUCCGGGGUUCAGUCCGUACCCGAAAGAGGCGCUGUUUUUCGUGGACGAGACCGGCUACACUCCUUUGCACCUGGCUGCUGCCAGCAACUCGUCCAGUGUUGCCGAAUUGUUGGCCGAGUACGCAGACAGUCCCAGCUACUACAUCGGAUACAAGCCCCCGGGGUUCCCGAACAUGCCGAGUUCCUUGCAAUUGGCCAUUGCCAAAAGCAGUUCUGCAGUCGUGGCUGUGUUCUUGGGACUGCUCGAGUCCGACAGUGCUUUGCUCCUGGAACCGAACCCGGCGGGUUUCCUUCCUCUACAGAUUGCAGCGAAUAAUGGCGACGAGGCCAUAGUGAAAAUGUUGGUGAGACGGCUGAAGAAACGCGGAGUUUCCUGGCUUUGUGCCCCGGACAAGUUCAGGAGGAAUGCGCUUCACUAUGCAGCCAGAUUCCAACACGUGGAAGUCAUGCGAAUCAUCCUCGACAGGGUCAGUCAGGCGGACAAGGAGUUCUGCGUGCAUCAGAAGGGCGUCAACGGCUGGCUCCCUCUGCACUACGCGGCCAAGUACAACAACCACGAAGCUGUGGACUUUAUUCUGCGAGUGUCGAAAGACCAAGUGAAUGCUGCGCUGCAGACGGGGCAAACGGCGUUGAUUUUGGCUGCUGAGCAGUGUCAUCUGUGUGAAGACGCGACGACUGUGAAGCUGUUGAUUCGCGGUGGCGCUGACGUCAACCAGGAAGCCGCCAGAAGUCCCCUAGAGCUUUGUCAGGAUCGCGAUUGUUUGUCUUGCGUCGAGGCCAUACAAGAAUCGUUGUCAGCACAGCAAGAGGACCCUGAAGAAACUUUUGAGUGCAGCCAGCAGCCAGCCGAGAACAUCUUCUCCGGUGUGACUGGGUCUUCCAAAACACCGAGUGGGAGCCACGACUGCGGAGUGCCCCGACUGGAUCGCUCGAGGCAAAUGUGUUUCUUUGUGGAAAUCGUGGACUUCAGCCAAGUCCGGUCUCCGUCUCGUGGCUCCGUCGUCGGAUACGGCGUCGUCAUCGACGAAACCGUCGUGUCGGUGCCCGUGUCUCUGUUCCUCACCGACGGCAUUUUCGGCACUCCGGAAUUCGUCAAGGACGGAUCUUACGCCAUCAAGACCCCCGGCCGACGGGGCAGGAGUUCAGGACGGUAUAUUCAGGUCGACGGGCUGGCCCACGAGCACCCGCAGCUGGACACCGUCUCCGGGGCCAACUCCUUCGCCUUCUUCCUCCUCACCGAGCCGUUGACGGUGUUUGACGACGGCAUCUGCUUCUUGUGCAUGCCGCAAGUCAACGUGCCUCUGGGCUGCUUGAACAGCUGCUUCGUCGUCACGCCGGUUAUCUUGACGAAGACGACAACUAACACUGGUAUAUGGUUUUAA